AGCCGCCAUGGUGGGAGCGGCGGGGAGAGGUGCGGCGGGCACCGGCGUCCCCCGGCUGCCCUCGGCGGGCGGCCCGUCCGCAUCUCCUUCCUUGUUAAAUGACCAGCCGGGAUCUCUUUGCYUCCUGUCUUGGGCCAGCAGGACAGGAGCUCCUGCAUCGCUUCACAGCAUAUCCCAGGAAGCCCGGGCUGGCCUCAGCAGCCGCCGGGAAGGAGAGGGGACGCGUGAGGAGCUGGCGGGACAGGCUGGGCGCGGGCGGCAGCGCUGUCCRUCACUGACAGCGGGCAGGCUCACAGCAAAGACAUCGAUCCUGUGUCCCGCAGGCCCCUGGCUCUGGGCCCCGGUGCUCCCAGGCAGGAUCCAUGUGUGAGGAGUCRGGGUGGGAUGGAGAGCCUGGGGCUGCCAGCAGUGACCCUUGGGGAUGGGACCGCAGCCUAUCUGCAGCAGGCUGGCAGAGGUGAAAAGCUGAUUGAAGGGCARGUCAUUGAACUGGAAGAUGGGACCACAGCUUACAUCCAUCAGGUGACAGUUGAGAAAGAGGCUGUUGCUUUUGAAGAUGGACAGCCAGUGGUGCUGGAGGAUGGCAGCAUGGCCUUCAUACACAGCACAGCUAAAGACAAUUACGAGCCUGGCACAUUUGAGGCUGUCCAGCUGGAGGAUGGCUCCACUGCYUACAUCCACCGUCCUGUCAUCGUGGCACCUGGCAGCACCAUCCUGGAAGURCAGACAGAAGCUGGGCUCGAGGAGUUGGCUGGGGAGGAGGAAGAUGAUGGCUUUGAUGUGGACACCAUUAAUGCAUUACAGCAGUAUGGCAGGAAGGAUUUGCAGGAGGAGGAGGUGCACAACCACAGGAAGGGACAGCAGGUCGGCAGCAGAGCUUUCCGCUGUGGGUACAAAGGCUGUGGCCGCCUCUACACCACUGCCCAYCAUCUCAAGGUACAUGAACGUGCUCACACAGGYGACCGGCCAUACACAUGUGACUUCCCAAGCUGUGGGAAAGCAUUUGCUACAGGGUAUGGGCUGAAGAGCCACGUGAGAACGCACACAGGUGAGAAACCGUACAAGUGUCCCGAAGACAUAUGCAGCAAAGCCUUCAAAACCUCCGGGGACCUSCAGAAACACAUCCGCACACACACAGGUGAGCGUCCCUUCAAGUGCCCCUUCGUGGGCUGUGGCCGCUCCUUUACCACGUCCAACAUCCGCAAGGUUCACAUCCGGACRCACACGGGCGAGCGGCCCUACAUGUGCCCAGAGCCUGGCUGUGGCAGGGGCUUCACCAGCGCCACCAACUACAAGAACCACGUGAGAAUCCACACAGGAGAGAAGCCAUACCUGUGCACCGUGCCAGGCUGUGGGAAGCGUUUCACGGAGUACUCCAGCCUCUACAAGCACCACGUGGUGCACACGCACUGCAAGCCCUACACGUGCAGCAGCUGUGGCAAGACCUACCGCCAGACCUCCACACUGGCCAUGCACAAGCGCAGCAGCCAYGGGGAGCUGGAGGCCACCGAGGAGAGCGAGCAGGCCCUCUACGAGCAGCAGCAGCUGGAGGCUGCUGCAGCUGCUGACAGAGGCUCCCCACUGAAGGGUCAGCAUAUUGCAUUCCUGUCAGAGAUGGAGGAAGAUGAAGAGGAAGAUGCUUUGCCUACACAGGUCUCGCUUAUCUCUCAGGAUGGGACAGAGCAGGUCAGUCUGUCUCAGGAAGAGCUGCAGGCCCUGGGCAGUGCCAUCAGUGUGGUGACACAGAGCRGGGCCCUUGCCRUGUCCGAGGAAGAGCUGGCAGGGSGUGACACUGGGACCGUGACUGUGGCCAACACCGAUGGCACCGAGGCACAGGAGGUGACCAUAGUCRCUUCUGGGGCAGUGGUGUCAGAGGAAUCGGACAUCGCCCCGCUCUGUCAUCAGCAGGUGGCAUUGCUGGCCACCCCCAACGGUACCCACAUCGCUGUGCAGCUGGAAGAGCAGCAGAGCCUGGAGGAAGCCCUCAGCAUGGCCACAGCAGUCAUCCAGUACGAGCCAGUGCCAGCUGACACAGCCGUGCCUGAGAAGGGGAGCUGAGGCCUGCAGAGCCGCCGGGGCAGGGGGAGUGGCAGCCCCAGCCUGUUGUGUGCAGGGGUGGCGGGUGCUGCAGGCGGGACACGGGGCAGGGAUGGUGUCUGAGCCGGUGCCAGCGCGUGCCCUGCGCCGGCCAGGACGCUGACGGGGCAGCACGGGGUGCUGGGGUGACCCUGCCUGAAGGGCUCUUCCCUCCAAGGAGGGAAGGCAGAGAUACUGCACUGCUGCCUUYUCCAGGGCUCUGAGCACCAAUCCUGUUUUCAGGGGGGCACUUCCUGCCCUCUCCCUCUAGGAAUGGUCCAACAGCUCCCCUUUCUUGCCCACCCCUCCAGCUCAGGGGCAAGCGGGCAGCACAGGCACAGAAGAAAUAAAGGCCCAUCAGAGCAAGGCCAGGCUGUCCUGAGCUCUGUGUAGAGGGUGACCAGUUCCUGCCACUGGAGCCAGCGCUGGGAUGGCUCCAAGAGCAGUUCUCCCAUCUCUUUGUCACACUCCGUUCUCAAACAAAGCUUCCAUGGCAGACUCCUUGGCUGUGGAGCAGAGCAGCCAGCACUUGCCAGGAGCUAAGCUAGACCUGGAUGUAAAUGCUGAGUUGAAAUAAAAGCAAAUUUAAAAUUUUGUUUUUAAAAUGA